AAAUUUUUGUCCUCCUCGCAGAAGAAUCCAUUGUCACAAACUCGCUCUUUUGUCCCAGUCGUGUCGCCGUACGCGGAGGUCUCGUGGUCAAACCUGCUCAGCAGCCCCUUGAGGAGCAGAAGCAUCUGUCAUUCACCAGCAGCUCCUGUCUGACGCAGAACACUCUGGAUGGGAACAGAAGCAGGAUCUGUUGAGUGUGCAUGAGUUUAGAUGCUUCUGCUGUCACUGAACGUACACGGUUCAAUUCAGUGCUGUGGAGGUCUGCUGCUCUGAGAUGGCAGAUGCACCAGGGAGCGGUUUAGAGGCGGAGCCUCUGAAGGGUGAAGAGACAGAAGGGGGCGUGUCUAAGAAGAAAAGCUGCUCAGAAAAGCUUGGCUUGCCUCACCUGACUGGGUGGCGCACCGCUGCCUUACUCCUCUCUCUCCUCCUGUGCCUGGCGGUGGUCUUCACCUUUUCAUUCAUCCUUCCCUGCCCCGUACGGCCUCAAUACUUCUCCACCUGGAACCGCACGUUACCUGACGCAGCCACGUAUGACUUCCUGGCUGUUGAGGACACAAAUGAAGACAAAGUCUUGGAUGUGUUGUUCAUCUACAAGGACUCUGAAGCCAGCCGUAACACGUGUUUGAGUGAAGAUUUAUCAAUCCCAUGUCUGGUUUUAACGGCUGUUGAUGGUACUGAUGGGAAGACGCUUUGGGAAAGACCUCUAGCUGCUGAAUUUGAUUGGGUGGAGUGCGGUGUAAAGGGCCUCGGACGUCAGGGAACAGGAUGUCUGGUGGCUCACGCAGACAAUCUCACAGCUGUUGAUAAAAAGACAGGUGUGGUCAGGUGGCAGCGGUCUCGUUCUACUGUGCUGAACGGAAAUCUGCCGCUGAUCAGCAUUCAGGAUCUGAACGCUGAUAAAGCAGACGACUUUGCUAUACUUUCAUAUAAUCCUGACGCGAAAUCAUUCAAAUCCGUACCGAUAGAGCUGGUGUUUUUCUCAGGACAGUCAGGUGAUCAGAUCGGCCUGAAGGUGAUUGUUGAUUGGAACGAGGUGUUUGGUCACCAGCAGUUCAGAACGGCCAGUGGUGCUCCGUACCUGCUGUUACUCACAAAAUCUGGACUCUAUGCGGUCAGUUUGCGAUAUCUGACAGAUCGGGCCAGUCUGAAGUCUGAGCUGAAGGAAGAGAAAAGCUGGAAGGAAAAAUCUGAUAAAAACACUGGAUUGAUCUCCCUCUAUCAGUCUGAUUCUCUGAAGCGUGUGAUGGUUGUUCCUGGCAGUAGUUCUCCAUCGCUGCUGGUCCAGACGGACUCCAGCGUGUCUCUGCUGCACACAGACAAACUGAAGAUGGCAUGGAGCACCAACACCAGCGCUCUGCUCAGUGUGCCAACAUUUGGACAAUUCGACAAAGAUGGAAUUCCAGACAUAAUGAUAGAGGAAUGCAUCGACAAUGAAACCAAAAGAGUGUUGGUCCUCAGUGGAAGCUCUGGAGUCGUCCUGUGGGAGAUGAAUCUGUUGUUCUGGACUCCGAGUCCUCGUCCGGCGUCGGUCCUCACACUGAACACCUACUCAGUGUUCAUGAUCUGGGGACGGAGUCCGAGUCACGGCAACCAGACUAAUCAGAUGCAUUCAUCAUUCCUGCUGCAUCCUCGAUAUUCCCAACUGCUGCUUGAAAGAAGAAAUCCUGCACAGAACAUCAUAUCUUUUAAAGCGACACUGUUGGAGCGAGGCCGUCAUGCAGGCUACCUCGUUCUGACGGGACGGUGCGGACGAGAGCACGCAGAAUUAAGUGAGAUGGAUCCAGUGAUUCUGACCAAGAGGAAGAUCAAGGGGGACGUCCCGGAGAGCACCGCUCUGAGAGUAGGAGCCGAAUCAGCCGUUAAAGAAGAAGAGGUGAAGGAGGCGUUCUACAGGCUGCGCUUCAGUGAUGCACUUUUCUGAAACACAGCACUAAUCUUCAUCCCAAAGGUCACUGGCUGCAUGUAGAACUUGAAAUUCACUCUUGAAAUCCUAAACAGCUCUGUUAAUCAGAUCUUCUAGUUUAAACUGUGCUUGAGAAUGAUUUCAUUACACCCAAGACACUUGCAGGAAACUAAACCAAAUCAGCAGGGUUUUGUCCCCAAUGCAUUUAUUUCAAACAUAUUAAUUUAUAAGUUUUGGGUCAUGCUGUAUUAUUUUAAGACAAUCAUAAACUACUGUAAAGCAUUUCAGAUUUUUCAUAGCCGGAGACUAUCAGGAGGUACAUUUAUUUGAAUAAUGAUCAGGGAUUUCAUAUAAAGGUGAGUCUCCUGCAGAACGGUCUGGGUCAAGAUGAUGUUAUUUGGAAAUUAGCCUAAAGGAACAGUUCAUCCAAAAAGGCUGUGUUCACCCUCAGGACAUCCAAGAAUUUGUUUUCGCUUGUUUUUUCAUCAAAACAGGUUUGGAGAAAUGUCGCAUUCCAUCAGUGUCUCACCAAUGGAUGCUCUGCAGUGAAUGGGUGCCGUCAGAAUGAGAGUCCAAACAGCUGAUAAAAACAUGACAAUAAUCCACAGCACUCCAGUCCAUCAGUUAAUGUCUUUUACAUUAAAAUCCACCCACAUAUUUGUUUAGAGCUGUUUUCUUUCAUAGUCAGUGCUUGUUUUUUUUUUUUUUUUAUGCAUU